UGCUACUCCCACUACUACACGCCCCGAGGCUGGGCCACGCGCGCGCCCACCAGGCCACUACCCGGCCGAGUCCACGCGAGUACGCGACAGCCGAAGGGUGGGGGUGGUGAGCAACCGGAUCCCGGCCCAAACGUCCGGGAAGAUCCAUUCCGCACAGCGCCCGCCACCGCCGCCGCCGCAACAUCGCCGUCGCCGUCUGCCGCUGCCUCCCAGCGAACGCGAAAGACGAAAACGUCAAGGAAAGGGGACUCUCUGUGCAAAAGUAAAGAAAGAAAGAACGAAGGCGAUUCGUCGCAAUCCUUCCACUCCCCUCCCGGUCAUUCUCAAGUUUUUCCCCUUUUUGCACGCACAUGAAGCACAGCCAGUCAGCCACACACGCCGGUUAUUAUUGGUUGAUGCACUGUUUACCUGUUCAUUUGGGUUGGCCUGAUCUGGCGGUGAGUGACACGACUUGCGUUUAGACUUUAAACAAUGGCCUCACAUAGGUAGUGCCUGGUGCAGGGGCGAUUAGCCAUGAUGUAGCGUGAUUCUUUCCUUGCAGGCUUCCUUUCCUAGCCUAUCGGCCACCUUCUCCAACCGGUACAGGGGCUAUCUGGUUGACCAAACCAAUCUGCCAAGUGCCAACCCGUCAAUUCCUCAACAUGGGGAUCAGAUCAGGAGGCCCUCUCAUCUUGCCAAUUCCAUCUUCUUUCUAUCCUCCUUUCCUCUUCUUUCUCGUUCUUCUCUUCUAGUAUUCGUGCAUAAAAUUGCUAAACUAUUGCCAGUAGUCUCUGGACCAAUGAGUCGACGAGGCCAUGUGGUUUGGUUUUGUUUAGCGUCCAGUCUCUCUCCUCCUCUGUUUCCAUCAUCAUCGAAAGCCUACCAACUCUCUUCGAUUAUUCCGAGCAGCCAAUUAGUAUUGGCGUCUUGACCUGUUCGGAGAAUUUCCUCUCAUUUAUAUGCGCUCAUCGUGGUAGUUAGAUGCGCUCUCGAGAAGCAAAGCGAGGUAGGAGAAGAGAGAUUUGAUCGAAUUACGUACUUAAGCCGUGGGGGAAGGUGUUUUCUUGUGUUGUUUCAGCUCGGGGUGGGUGGGGGCGUGUCGAUGGAGAAGUGGAGCAGGGGGUUGUCCUGCCGGGCCGCCAUCUGCGGCGUCGUCGUCCUGCUCAGCGCCACGGCCUUCUCCUGCUCGCUCGCCGCCGAAUUCCGCAAAGUCAAGGAGAAGGACAUGAAGCUGGACGGCAGCCUCUGCUCGCUGCCCAAGAGCUCCGCCUUCGAAUUGGGCGUCGCGGCCAUCGCCUUCCUCUCCGUGGCGCAGCUGGUCGGCACCACGGCGGCGGCGACCACCAUGUGCGCGGCGUCCAAGCGCAGCAAGUCGUCCACCGCCAAGCGCCGCGCGGCGUCCGUCGCCAUCCUCGUCCUCUCAUGGGUGAGCUUCGCGCUGGCCGUCGUCCUGCUGGCGACCGCGGCGAGCAUGAACCACGGGCAGCGGUACGGCCGCGGGUGGAUGGACGGCGACUGCUACGUCGCGAGGAACGGCGUGUUCGGCGGGGCCGCCGCGCUGGUCGUCGUCACGGCGCUCCUCAUCCUCGGCCUCACCUCCGCCGCCAAACCAUCCUCGUGCGCCACCGCAGCAGCAGCCGGCAGCCCGGCCGCCACAGCGACAGCCCGUCCCGACGCGGCCGAGGACGCCGAGCGGGCGAGCGGGCGAUCCAAGCAAUGACCACGCAGACGGGGCGGGCCAACCGGAGGAGGAGGGCUGGAGGGGUGGACGGUGCGCCGCGCUGUUCGUCCCGCAAAGGCCAAGCCGCGUGGGGGCAUCUCCGCUUGCUGGCAAAGGGCAACGGCCGGAGACGGGUGGGGCUGAUGAUGGGUGGAGGCGGGUAUACCGGUGGGUUAGAUAUUUUAGCUGGACAAAGGUACAUAGCAUUACUGACAAAACUACUGACCACGGCCGUGCAAAUUGUAAAUGAAACCAUAUUAAACCGACCCAUGCAAAGGAAACACAGGUGAUACAUGAAUUAAUCACAGCAUUUUACUAGUACUUUCUUGCUCGUGCGUGCCAGCUUUUCGUGCUUGUUUUCUUUUAUUUAUUUAUAUAUCCAGAACGUGUCUCUUGGUUGUACGCUCGUAUU